AUGGCCGUCUCAUCUGAGCCAUAUCAGCCGACCGGCAAGGAGGUCCCAUUUGGGAGAGGUCGCUUUCUUCUCAGCCACCGCCUCGGCAAUGGCUCCUUUGGCGACAUCUUCGAAGGCUACGAUAAGCAGAGCCAACGCAUCGUCGCAGUGAAGCUGGAGCGCAAAAAAGCGCGCUACCCGCAGCUGUCCUACGAAAGUAAGGUGUACCGCGUGCUGCAUCAGCCGCCGCUUGGGCAAAAUGAAGUGAGCCUGAAGCAACUUCUCAUGGAGAGCCUCAACUACAGCGGCGCCGGCAGUUUUCACGGUGCCACGGCGCAGGGCAGCAGCAACAUCAACCCGUCGGCGAGCGCCAGGGCCAUCCAGGUGCAGCAUUGUAAAUCGUUAGAGGACAGGAUCGUCGUCGGCAUCCCGCAAAUUUACUACUUCGACAGUGAGGGCGACUACAACAUUAUGGUGAUGGAGAUGUGUGGCCCCUCGCUCGAGGACGUCUUUAACUACUGCCACCGCCGCUUCUCCCUCAAAACAGUGCUCAUGAUUGCCGAUCAGCUGCUGCAUCGCAUUCAGUACUUCCACGAGAAGGGCUUCGUGCACCGUGACAUCAAGCCGGAGAACUUUGUGCUUGGCUGCCGGUCCAAGGCGCACAUCCUCUACAUCAUCGACUACGGGCUUUCCAAGCUCUAUUGGGAGGUGAAGAAGAACAGCCACAUACCUUUUGUGGAGGGCCGCCCGCUGACCGGGACAGCGCGCUACUGUAGCAUCAAUGUGCACCGCGGCUUCGAGCAGAGUCGCCGUGAUGACCUCGAGUCCAUCGGCUUUCUCUUUGUUUACUUUCUGCGAGGCAACCUUCCCUGGCAGGGGAUCCAGACGAAGGACCAGCAGAUCAAAACAAUCAAGAUAGGUGAGACCAAGAUCGCGACGCCGCUGGAGGUGCUGUGCAAGGGACUACCUAAGGAGUUUCUCAAGUACUGCCAGUACUGCCGUGCCUUGACCUUCACGCAGAAGCCAGACUAUGACAACCUGCGGCGCCUGUUCCGAGAACUAGGCGAGCGGCUCGGGCUGACACUGCCCAUGCCUGGCGCGCCCAGUGGUAACCUCUCCGCAGCACACCGCACCGCCGUGAGCCUGCCCAACCCGCUCGCAGUGUCUGCUUUGUUGGCCACUGACGCCACAUCCGCAACUGAGUCGCGUCUGCUGAGUGUUGUGAGUGGGUCUACCCUGAACAGCCGGCACAGCCAGCAGUGUCACGCCCCCAGCACUGUCGCAGCACCGCUCCUGCUGACUUCCGAGGACUUUGAUCCAAUGCGCGGCCCAUAUGACUGGUGCUUCGACUGGUUCUGCAAGCGCCAGAUGGAGGUCAGCAAGGGGACAGAGGAACAGUCCCGGCGGCAGUGGGCGCGUUCCCAGCCGUCGGCUGUCGCGUCUGGCAACAGCGAGCUGCGCCUCGAGGACGUUUCCGACGAGGACGGCUCGACACAAACGAAGAGCACCAACUUUGGCAGCCACCGUCCGCCACUCCGUAAUCUUCUGCAGUCGGGUCGCCUACGUGUGUAG